GGUUAUGUCAUCUCAUCGGACAUCUCAUCGGAUCAAUGGAGAGAUCUGUUAAAAAAUACUCUCUGCAAAAGUGUCCUUGAGCAUAAUUUUCAAGGCUUCAUAACUUCAUGUCUUUUUCUGAAAGAUGUUUAUUUGCACGAAAUACGAGCCACUUGCUUCGAUAAACUUUUCCCAACGAGCUGUCAAUGUAUAAAUGCCAUUUUUUAAACAAGUUCUGGUCUUUCUAUAAAAGAGCGAGGACUGCAAGUACGGUAAAGUGGUUUCUCGUCCGGUGUGACUUAUUUCGAAUGUGUUUCUUGAAUCGAGAGAUCUCACACUGUACAUAUGUACUAGCUCGAACUUCUGUACGUUUCUUCCACAAACAGAGUACGCAUACAUGAGGAUUGGACUGGCAUCAGUUUUCACAGUAGAAUGUUUUAAUGUACGUUUUCGUAACCUGCUAUAUACUAUUAACCUCUAUCGAUUCGAAAAUUUCGGAAAAAAUUCUACCUUAAUAAGGUAGAAUUUAUUCUAUAUUAUAACAAAACAUUGACGCAACACGGUCGAACGAAAGAAAAAACAAUGUGUACAUUAAACUCGAUCGAGUGUGAUACGUUUGAAACGAAUCGAACAGUACAGGACGCUACCGAUACCGCUCCCACGUGUGUGACAAACAUUAAAUUAUUUUGCGCAAAGUGUGGAUCCAAAGAAAUCGAAAUUUCAUUAAGGAGCAAAUGUGGGUAUUGUAAAGCAUGCUUCUUAUCCGUGUUAAUGCAUAAAUUUAAAGCAACUUUAGGAAAGUCGAAAUCAAUGCACCCAACCGAUUCGGUACUUAUUGCUCAUUCAGGAAAAGCAAAUUCAACAGCACUUGUACAACUUAUAAAAGAUAAUGCAAAUGAUUUGGCUUCUAAAAGACUGCGAUUUACGUGUAAAAUAUUAUACAUAGAUGAUGGCAUGGUUAAAGGGUUUUCGUUAGAGGAAAGGAAACGUGUUCGAAAUGCGUUGGUUAAAGAAGCGGAUAAUCUGAAAAUGGCAAUGUAUGUUACUUCUUUGACAACUUCUACCAGCGAUGUUCAUUGCGAAGAGAUCCGGACGAUAGACAGUCCAGAAGCGUACACGACUCGCAACGAUGAAUUUAUGGAAGAAGUGUUUCGUGGCAUGGAAAGUGAAACAGCAAAGGACGAAUUAUUGAUGCAAUUGAGAAGAAAACUACUUGUAUCGGCGGCUUGUAAGCUGAACUGUAAUAAAGUUUUUGUUGCCGAUACGUCGAUCGAUCUUGCGGUAAAAGUACUUGGAGACAUAUCGACGGGAAGAGGUUCUCAGGUGCCACAAAAUGUUUCUUUCUCCGAUACAAGAUCCAGCGGUGUCGCAUUGCUUAGACCGCUCAGAGAUUUUACGCAGGAUGACAUAGAAGGCUAUUUGGAAUGCCAUAACUUGACUCCUAUUUUUGCUUCUCGAAUAUAUAAUCGAUCGUAUCCUGUUUCUAUAAGAACCGUUGCAAGAAACUUUGUUCGACAAUUAGAUUCUAACCUUAACGGUACUGUAUCUACCAUAUAUCGGACCAGCGAAAAAUUGGCAACAAAGAUGGAGAAACUGCAUAAUAUAAACAGCCGUGGAAACACCGAUGUUGUUAAUAACAUUCGUGUCUUUAACGAUACCUGUAUACUUUGCGAAUUGGCUCUAAAUUGUCCUAAUUCGCAAGAACAACUUUCGGUCGUUCAGGCCAGAAUAUUUUCUCAACUGGUAUCGACGAAUGUAAAUCCUCUAACAAAUACAGCGUCUAGUUUACAAACGAAUGGACAAGUACAAGAAAUAAAUGGUUCGGUGAAAAGGCAUAAUCGCUGCGACAGCGAUACAUAUUAUUCGUUUAAUAGAGAAUCUAUACGACCAGAUUUAAUCGAAGCUCAUUUAUGUUACGGUUGUAAACUGUUUGCCUUAAAUUCAAAGCAAAUGUAUAACUUAUUACUCUGCCUUUUACAUGAAAAAAUUCAAGAGAAAUCACAAAUAACACGCUUGCAGGAAGAUAUAGCAGAAUUUUUAUUAUAAAAAUUAUAGCCUUAGCGAAUGUAUAACACGAAGAUUCGAUGAAAUUUUGUGAGAUUUUAUUUUACACUGUACAAACACUGUGUUGAGUAGUACUGUGCUGAAUAUCUCGGUAUCACUUUCUUUUCUUCGCAUUCUUUAUUCAUUGUAUCUAUCCUAUAAUGUAAAAAUUCAAUUCUAUGUACAAUAUAUCUGUGUAUACAAUAUUAUAUAUUGUAUUGUACAAUAUGAAA